AACGCGUUAGAAGAUGAGCUCACUAAUCUACAGCUUUCAUAUCAGUUAACACAGAAACACACAAAGGUAGCUGCAAACACCAAGACAAUGAUGAUUAUGCUGACAAUGCAACUCCUUUCUGCUGGGAAUAGUCAACCAGGCUCACCAAAAUAUCUCAGUUCUAUUAAGGAAGAAGAUGAGGCAAAACUUCUUGGUCAUCAGACAUCAGACUCCUUUCCUUUGCUUAUGCUCAUGCAAACCAUUGAGAAGUUGAAAAAGAGAUUGCAACAAAGAGAAAAUGAUAUCCAAAAAUUGGAAGGGAAACUCAAGGCUGCAGAAGCUCAGAAUGAGAAUGUUGUAAAAUUAGGGCACAAACUGGGCAGCCACAAUAACACAUUUUUCAACUAG